CUUGGCCACGUAACGAGCCCAACUCCCCCGAACGCCGCCGCCGCUCGCCAUGGAUGCCGGUGUGACCGAGAGCGGGCUAAACGUGACUCUCACCAUUCGGCUGCUGAUGCACGGGAAGGAAGUGGGAAGCAUCAUCGGCAAGAAAGGGGAGUCGGUUAAGCGGAUCCGCGAGGAGAGCGGCGCGCGGAUCAACAUCUCGGAGGGGAACUGCCCGGAGCGCAUCAUCACGCUGACCGGGCCCACCAAUGCCAUCUUCAAGGCCUUCGCCAUGAUCAUCGACAAGCUGGAGGAAGACAUCAGCAGCUCCAUGACCAACAGCACGGCCGCCAGCCGGCCCCCGGUCACCCUGCGGCUGGUGGUGCCCGCCACGCAGUGCGGCUCGCUCAUCGGCAAGGGCGGCUGCAAGAUCAAGGAGAUCCGCGAGAGCACGGGCGCCCAGGUGCAGGUGGCGGGGGACAUGCUGCCCAACUCCACCGAGCGGGCCAUCACCAUCGCGGGCGUGCCGCAGUCGGUCACCGAGUGCGUCAAGCAGAUCUGCCUGGUCAUGCUGGAGACGCUCUCCCAGUCCCCGCAAGGGCGGGUCAUGACCAUCCCGUACCAGCCCAUGCCGGCCAGCUCCCCGGUCAUCUGCGCGGGCGGCCAGGACCGCUGCAGCGACGCGGCCGGCUACCCGCACGCCACCCACGACCUGGAGGGGCCCCCGCUGGACGCCUACUCGAUCCAGGGACAACACACCAUCUCGCCGCUCGACCUGGCCAAGCUGAACCAGGUGGCAAGACAGCAGUCUCACUUUGCCAUGAUGCACGGCGGGACCGGAUUCGCCGGAAUUGACUCCAGCUCUCCCGAGGUGAAAGGCUAUUGGGCAAGUUUGGAUGCGUCCGCGCAAACCACCCAUGAACUCACCAUUCCAAAUAACUUAAUUGGCUGCAUAAUCGGGCGCCAGGGCGCCAACAUUAACGAGAUCCGCCAGAUGUCCGGGGCCCAGAUCAAAAUCGCCAACCCGGUGGAGGGCUCCUCUGGCAGGCAGGUGACCAUCACCGGCUCGGCGGCCAGCAUCAGCCUGGCCCAGUAUCUAAUCAAUGCCCGGCUCUCCUCUGAGAAGGGCAUGGGGUGCAGCUAGAACGGCGUAGGUUCCCUCCGAGACCCCUUUCUGCUGUUUCCCAUGAUCCAACUGUGUAAUUUCUGGUCAGUGAUUCCAGGUUUUAAAUAAUUUGUAAGUGUUCAGUUUCUACACGACUUUAUCAUCCGCUAAGAAUUUAAAAAUCACACUCUCUGUUCAGCUGUUAAUGCUGGGAUCCAUAUUUAGUUUUAUAAGCUUUUCCCUGUUUUUAGUUUUGUUUUGGGUUUUUUGGCUCAUGAAUUUUAUUUCUGUUUGUCGAUAAGAAAUGUAAGAGUGGAAUGUUAAUAAAUUUCGGUUUAGUUCUGUAAUGUCAAGGAUUUAAGAAUUAAAAAAACGGAUUGGUUAAAAAAUGCUUCCUAUUUGAAAAAGCUGGGAAUCGCUAUCUU